AUGGGCUCCGUUGACUCACCCAAUUAUUCUGGCAGUCUUGUAUACAAGACUAUCACCGAAUUUGCGGACUUUCCCAAUCAUGAUCAGAAGCUCUGGUGGCACAGUACCGCGCCUAUGUUCGCAGAAAUGCUCAAAGUUGCUGAAUACGACAUUCAUUCUCGGUAUAAAGCUCUCGGGUUUUACCAGAAGUUCAUCAUUCCUUUCCUAGGCGUCUAUCCUACCAAAAUCAACGAUCGAUGGCUCAGCAUUCUCACUCGAUACGGCACGCCUUUUGAACUGAGCUUAAACUGCACCCACUCUGUGGUUCGGUACACCUUUGAGCCUAUUACCGCUACCACCGGCUCCCUAAAAGAUCCCUUCAACACUCACGCCAUUUGGGACGCACUCGAUACUCUACUCCCGUUACAGAAGGGCAUUGAUUUGGAGUUCUUCACGCAUCUGAAGAUGGACCUCACUGUCAACGAUCAAGACGCAGCCUACUUGCUGGAGAACAAGAAGGGUGGCGGCCAGAUUCAAACACAAAACAAACUGGCCUUGGACCUAAAGGGUGGCGAGUUUGAAUUAAAGGCGUAUAUCUAUCCCGCACUCAAAUCUCUGGCCACCGGAAAGUCUAUCCAGGAGCUCAUGUUCGACUCUGUCCAUCGUCUUUGUCGCCAGUACCCCACUCUUUUAUCGCCUCUCCAUGCACUAGAAGAGUAUGUCCACGCUCGCGGAACUUCUAGUACUGCCUCCCCCCGACUGAUAUCCUGCGACCUUUGUGACCCACGUAAAUCUCGAAUUAAAAUAUACCUCUUGGAGAUGGACGUCUCCCUGGAAGCGAUGGAGAACCUGUGGACAAUGGGCGGCCGACGAAGUGAUGCGCUAACGCUCGCUGGAUUGGAGAUGAUUCGUGAAUUAUGGGGCCUGAUCAACCUUCCCAGCGGUAUCAUCUCGUACCCGGAGCCCUAUCUCAAGCUUGGCGAGGUUCCAAAUGAGCAACUUCCUCUGAUGGCCAAUUAUACUCUUCACCACGAUGACCCGAUGCCGGAACCACAGGUCUAUUUUACGACUUUUGGCAUGAACGAUGGCCGGGUGGCGGAUGGACUAGCCACAUUUUUCAAGCGUCACGGCUAUGACCAUAUGUUUCAGACAUACAAGGAUAGCCUACGCGCAUACUAUCCUCAUAUAGAUCUUGACAAUGUCAACUAUCUCCACGCCUACAUCUCUUUCUCAUUCCGGAAGGGAAGCCCGUACCUGAGUGUCUACCUCCAGUCCUUCGAGACUGGAGAUUGGCCCAUCUCGAGCUUCGGUGCUCCUGCCUUCAAGCCCGUCUCCAAGGAUAUGUGUCAUGGCCAUCCUACCUCUUUCGAAGUGCCUUUGGCAAAGUAUCAGGUAAUGGCCAGUGAGUAA